UUAAAGAAGUUUCAAAACAAGAGAACUGGCGGCACGGAAGGAAGUGUGGGUAAAACGCAUGAAAGGACGAAUAGCACAAAUUCCAGCGUUUCGAGUGUUGUUUCUGGAAGGAGCAGAACGAACGACAACCACGGCACCAACUUUACGCCGCACAUUCAAGAUGGCUAUGAUCACAGCCUGCCAUCCGAAUCCGAGAAACUGGCUGGCAAUAACUUAUCGCCGGAUAUCAGAAUGGCAUCUGAGCUUUUCAAUAACUCGUCCGCUUCAAACGAAUUCCCUGAUAUACCUUCCAAUCAUAAUAAUGAGAUACAAAGAUUAACUGAGAGGAUCAGAGACCUCGAGUACAAGGAACGCACGAGCGAAUCUAGUUUCAAAAACUUGAACACCGAAUAUCAAAAGGCAGUUAGCCAACUUCAGCACUUUGAUCCUGUGCUGAUCGCAAGCACACAAAAGCAAUUAGAGGAAGCCCGGCACGCUAAUACUCAACUGCGUGAACAGCUUUCCCAGGAAGAACAAAAGGUAGAAUCGAUGGAGUACGAGAUAUCUGGAUUGAGACAAAAGCUUUCCAACCAAGAAGAAAGGUCUGCGCAACUGAAAAGUGCCCUCGAGAAAUCUGAAGAGGAAAGCAAAGAAUAUGGCGAUCUCUUGAUAAUAUCCAACCAGAGGGCCGAUGAACUGGAAGAGACAGCUAAGACGAAUCAGGAAAAGGUAGAUGAAUAUGAAAAGUCACAUGUGGCGGUAGAGGAUAGUCUACAAAAAGCGAAACUGGAUUUGCUCGAGCGCGACACGUUGAUAGCUGAGUUACGACAGUCUACGGAAGAUCUCUCCAAUGAGCUGCAAAUACAAAAACGUGAGGCUUCAAAUGCAACCAAGCAACUGAAAUCAUUAUCAGAAAAAGCAGGACAGCUCGGAAAGGAGAAUAGGACUUUGAUCCAAAGAUUGGAGGACAUGCGACAAACAUCCAUCAAAUUGGAAACGGAAAAUUCUGCCAUACGUGAACAAUUUCAAACCACAGGAACUGAAUCUGAAACAUCAUCAACUCUUGCAACGGAUCUGAUUGAAUUUCAACAACGCUUGUCUGAGGCUGAGUCUUCAUUGGGGAAAUCGAAAAAGGAGCUUGAAGAGGAAAAGCAACGUUCCAAAGAACUCUCUCUUCAAAUUAAUUCUGCCAAGAUGAAUGGCGAUAACAACGACGGGGAGCCCGAUGUGGAAAAGUCCUUGCGCACCUUACAAGCGCAACUGGAUGUGGAAAGACAGAAAUCUAGAGAAGUAUUAGGACAGUUGGAAACGGUGAGAGACGAGAUGGCCGAGUUACGACGCCGAUAUAUGUUCAUCUUAGAAGAGAAUAAGCAGCUCAACGAGUUAGUGGAGGCUGAAGUAUUUGAAAGCGAUGAGUUUGGUGCUGGAAUGAAAGAUUAUGAAGUCAAUGGAGAUGGAAAGUUUACACCUGACAGUGCUCUUAGUCCUGGUCAAUAUGCUUCAUACGACCAUGAACGAAGGCGCAUCAUCAAACGAGCAAGAGCCAGCUUGCUGAACUUGCAGGAAAGAGCCAUCCAAGACCCAUCUCUCAGAAACUUUGACCCUUCUUCUAAUGCCAUAGAUUCGGGAAGGUCUAGCGCAUCGUUUGAUGAUAGUUAUAGGCAACUUAUCAGUUCUUCAUUGCCGCCUAGAGUUAAACCACAGCAUCAGGCCUUCAUGGAUGUCCCGAAAUGUAGUGGAUGCCUAGGAAGAGCGGUAGAAGUGUAAGCUGAGAAGCCACUAAAUCUCACUUCCCAAUAGAGGUUUAUAUACCAUGCGAUCGAAUUGAAGCCAGCUUAAUACCAUACAUAUAUCUCUAUCUACACUUUUGGUU